AAUUCCAUUGCAGCGUGAAAAGUUUUUCACUGAAGUACGUUUUGAUGAAGCUAUAACCCAUACUGUAAAUUGCUGCUAUAUAGACUUUUCAAACAUGUGAAAAUAUUAUAUUAUAUUACUAUCUAAACACAUGCCCAAGUACAAGCGACCAUGGCAUCUCCCAUACACAGACCGGAUAUUUUUCGUUGGAAAACAACAAAGACUAAAACACCAGGCAGUAAUAAGGUGCAGCUGAAUGAGAAUGACAUAAAACAGUGGGUGAAGAGGGUGGAGAUGGCUUCAGAGUUUGCUGUAGCUGAGGUGUUUUCAAUGAAGAAACCACAUGGUGGUAAAAACAGUAUGGCACUGCAGAGCGUUGAGCAGCUACAGGAUCAUGAUGAUGCAUACAGUGAAGCUCAGUCUAUUCUAAGUGAAUGGAUGAACCAGAAAUUACGACUGGAGCUUGAAAUGGAUGAUGACGAAGAGGAAGAGGAGAUGAGUUCCAAUAAAAAGGAUGAUUCAGAAUGCAAACAACUUGUUAAGACCGCACAACAUAGUUAUAAUAACUUUGAUGACAUGUACUUUCAUCUAGAGCAAGAAGAGGAUAAUUCCGUAGUGCACAAUUUCCUCCAGGACCUGAUGGAAACCGAGGUGUUGGACUUUGGAAUAAUGGAGAACCUAAAAGUAGACUCUGAACUGAGUAAGAAGAAAUGGAGGGACCCUAGCAUCACUAUGGAGGUGCGUCACAAGCAGGUAAAGGAGAACCGCAUACGCAGAGAUGCAGAGCUUGACAAACUGCGUAAAGAGAAGGACGCGCUUAAGGAGGCGCGAGAGGAAGCGUGGCAACUGGAGCAGGAGAAGCAGAGAAAGAAGAGACAGCAGGCACGCAGACAGGAAGAACUGAUACAGCAGGAGAUGAUUCGCUUGCGUAGAGAGAUGGAGGAAAAGAGGAGUGUGGAGCAGCUUGCACGAAACAUGGAGAGGGAAAAGCUUCAGAAACAAAGGGCCACUAAGAGCGCCGUCAUUCCAAAAUGUCAUAAUUCCACACAGAACAAACAGAACAAAGACCUUCAACUUAAGCUGAAGAAGCUGGAAGCCAAAGUUUACCUUCUCAAUUUGCAGUGCAUUCGCAGGCAUUUUACAGCAUGGUACUCUGUGAUAAUGGAGAGGAGGGUGCGCAUGGGCAAGGCAGCGGCGCUGUGUGAUUGGAGGAGGCAGCUGAGGGCGUGGCGGGCAUGGCGGGCUCUUGUUUGGGCCAAAAGAGAGGAGAAAGAGGCUGAAAGGACUGAAGAAGAGCUCAGACAGGAGCACAGGCGCAGUCAGCAGGCGGUGGAGAGUGACCGCAGGAGGCUUUUGAGGCGCUGCCUCAGUGAUUGGCGUGUGUGGUGUCAGGUGGAACUUCAUCGCAAGGAGCUUCUCCAACAACAAGAAGAAACCCGACGUAAAAUGACUGCCUUGAUCAGUGCGGCUGCUUCUGGGAAACUAGGGGCAGAAAAAUCUCCACCAAUUACCAACCCACCUGAAACGCUCAGUCUUACAGAACACAUCAGCCAUCAGGAAGUGCCAGUGGCUCCAGAAAGCAGUUCACCCACUGUACAAGCCACUAAAAGCACAGGCCGUUCGGAGGCCCCACCAACCCAAGCCUGGCAGGUAACGCGUCGUCAUGCCGCUCUCUCAAUGGCUGAGCUACGACGGGCCCGUCAGGGGCAACAGCAGCAGACCACCCGAAGUGGAAGUGCAGAGCGUGGCGGUGGACAGUUCAAACACGGCCAUGUGGCCCUGCAGCAAACUGUAGCAGAGCAGAGGCGCCUUCUGAAAGAGCAACAGGAGCAGAUUCAGCAACUGCAAGAGAGACAGAACAUUCUGGAACUGAGACACGAGGCAGAGAAAUCGGCACUGUUAGCAACAGGUCCUCCUGGAGCUAUAAGCACAUGCUGUCCACCUAAACCCAACACAAAUACUGCAAGAGAAAGUGCAGAAACACCAAGAACAAAGACUGCCUCAGGGGAUAACGCCAGCAGCCACACUGACCAAAAAUCAUCUCUGCAUCGUUCAGCACUUCCCCAUCCUACAGUACAAGCCAUGGAGGAACGAGCACGCCAGCGCGCCGAGCGCCGGAGAGAGAUUGAGGAGCAGAGGAGACAGAAGCAGGAGGAGAAACUGGCUCAAAUGAAGGCAGCCGAGGAGGAAAGGCUCAGAGCUGAGGAAGAAGAGAAACAAAAGGAGGUAGAGAGGAAGAAGGAAGAGAAAAGGCAGCAGAGGAAGAGGGAGCUUGAGAAGCAGAAGAGAGCAGAACGGGAACAAGAACUGUCAAAGCGGGCGUCCCAACACUACCUCAGAACCCUGUUACUGCACCGAGGCCUGGCACCAUGGAAACGCCUGCUGGAGCAAAGCCAUGUCAACACACAGAGAGCGGUGGAUCAUUGCACUCUGGCUCUGCAGAGAAGCUGCUUCUGCUCUUGGCGGCAGUCUGUGGAUGAGGCCCACGCAGAGAGAGAGGCCAGUGCCAACCAGCUGUAUCACCGGAUCCUGCUUCAGAGGGCUGUGUGUAGCUGGAAAAGGUUAAAAGAUCUGCGCUGUAUUCUGGAAGCACGAGCCGAGCGGUUCCACAAGAUAAACACCCAGAGGAAGGUGUUCACGGCACUGCUAGAUCACGCUACAGAGGAGCGAAUAACAGCCUGGGACAAUGAGCAGCGGGCAGAGGAGCACCACAGCAGGAGAGCUGUCAAGAAGUGUUUUGCUGGCUGGAGGCGUCUUCCUGUUGUCUUGCGAGAGGAGAAAGAAAGAGAGGCACGCAGAGAUGAACUCAGACGUAAAGUGGCGGAGAUUUUGCCUGACUUCCGCGCCUCCCCUAUGGACUCCCUGUGGCGCUCCGUAAAUCCUCUUUAACCAGCAAACACAGGCUGCAACUACCAAGCUUUAUAUGACAUCAUUAAAUGACAUUGACAACAUCUGCAGCUUGAUGAGCCGCCGCGUUUAAUCUUUUUACGCUUGUUUAUUUGUCCAUGGUACAGUUUAAUUGAACAACUUGUAGAAUGAAAUGCAUUACAUUAUAAACCGUCUCGCAUGAGACAAAUAAACAUCCGGAGUUUGAAGUGUU